AGAAACAAACAGGGGUCGAUUGAAGAAUCGCAUCGUGUGGUGUUAAAUUUCUUAGAUAUCACGUAUUCGAUCAAAGAAAUGGUGAAAAAGGAGCAAGAGAUUCAAACGGAAUCGUGGAAAACAUCGUCUUCGAUGAUUAGCAAGAAGAAAUACAAAGGAGUACGAAUGAGGAGCUGGGGUUCGUGGGUUUCUGAGAUUCGCGCACCCAAUCAAAAAACACGGAUAUGGUUAGGAUCUUAUUCGACUGCUGAAGCUGCAGCGAGAGCCUAUGAUGCAGCCCUCCUCUGCCUCAAGGGUCCCACCGCAAAUCUCAACUUUUCUCAUACCCAAUACAAUCACGACUAUUCCACUCCCAUCAUGUCUCCCAAAUCCAUCCAAAAGAUCGCGGCAGCAGCUGCAACUGUUACCGACACUGUUCCAUCACCAUCAUACUCAUCAUCGUUAUCCUCCUCCGCCUCUACGCCACCACCAACCAAUCCAAUAGAAGAUGAGGAAACAUUGUUUUCCGCAAAUGAUCCUCUUGAUGGCACCUUGAUGUCGAUGGUUGCACCAUGGUACAACUUCGAUUCACCGACGUACAACGAUGUGAUGCUCGAUACGUCGUUCUUUGAGUUUGAUCAUUCUUGUUCGACAACCAUGGAAGAUGUUUAUGAAGAAGAAGGUGGUGAUGAUAUCUAUCUUUGGAGCUUCUGCAGAUAAAUCUUUUAUUUUCUUGAUGAUUCUUUUAUUGAUCUUCAAAUUGAAGAAACAUAUAUUUACUGAC